AGUGCAAACAAAAUGAAUACACCGCCAUUAUCCUGUCUAGCUUUGCUACUAUUAUACAUUAGUUUACUGCAAAUACCGACUACAUCCACUGCUGAUUAUCCUGGUGUUAUAGAACUAGUAGGCUAUAGUAAUAGACGCGCACGAACGCAUUUUCUACCAUCUGCUCGCAGUGGGCGACAAUUGGAUAUAUCUACUUUAGCACCACCGCCAGCAAAAAUACAAGCAGACAUUGAAACUGUCAAACAAAAUAUUGAGAAAUAUAACAAACUACUUACAUUGGAUACGAGAAAUUUACCUGAAUCCCAAAAGGAUAUGCUUGAACGUAUAGUAGAACGCGUUGCACGUCUAAAGGAAUCGUUGGAUAUUGAAGAACAUGCUGCGCUCACACAAAACAGCACCACGUACACAAAUGAACCAACAACAGGUCAUUUUGCACCCACUACUGAAUCGGCUACUGCAAUAGAACCAGAAACAGUUCCUACUUUGGUUUUAGAUGAAACUACUUUAUUGCAACUACAAACCUCUAUGGAUGAAUUAGCUGCAGCACAAGCUGCUGUGACAUCUCAAACAACACGUAUGCGUGAAUUAUCCAUUACUACUAUAUCACCGGAACUAGAUUUAGAAGAUAUAUCUGCUGAGUCAGCGACUGAAGUAGCCACGGACAUUGAACUUGAAGCGGAUUCAGUUACAGAUACCGACACCGAUACCGAUACCAACACUGAUACAAAUUUAUUAGCUUCUAGUUCAAUUGCUGCAGAUUAUGGUUCAACCACCCUUGAUUCACUAACAGAUGCUACAGAUCCUGAUGAUCAAUUCGUAGCUGCACGUUCUAAUAAUAAUAUUGCUGCUAUAACAGCAGCAGAUUCUGAUACAAGUUCGGCACACACCACCACCGCUGGUAGUCAACGUACCUUAACUACCAGUGGAAAAUUAACAAAAACACGCGCCACCAAGCGGCCAUUAUCCAGUGCUACUAAAAGUUCAGGCUCGUUGACUACUCUAACAAAACGUGGUCAAAGACCAGGAAGUUUAUCAACCGGUCAUUAUAAACAAACGACUACAAAACAAAAAGUUUCUGCUGCUGCUGCAGCAGCUGCUGCAUACACCACACAACAGCCACUACAAUAUCAGAAGCAGCAUAGUAAGCCACAUCAACAGCAACAACAACAUAACUAUCAACAUAAACUGUCAACUGUUGCUGGCAGUCCUGUUACUUCUUCAACGCCUGCAGACCAACGCAUUACCAGUGGGAGUACAGCAGCCAACUAUGGUAGCACUAAUAUCAACACCAACACCAACACCAACAACUACAACAGCAAUUACAACACAAACAGCAACAAUAACAAUAAUAAUAUUAACAACAACAAUAACAACAACAACAAUGACAUGGUAUAUGAUGCACACGUCAAUACUUCAGCCAUAAUUGAUAGUUUGAAUAGUAAUGCACGCGAGGAAUACUAUCAGCAAAAACAGUCCGUUAACAAUAAGGAUAAGAAACCGUCGGCCACAGCAAAACCCACCAAAUAUCACUACUAUCCACACAAUCAACACAUCUAUUUAUUGCCGGAAUGUGCGAUCCAACAAGUCUGCAAUGCAGUUUAUGUGCGCCUAAAUUAUACACAACCACUAUGUGCCUGUCCAUCGAGGUACCGUGAUCCGUGCUCUGCUAGCCUAAAUGAAGAUGAUCAGCACACCACGAAGCUAAUCGGUGAUGGUAAAAAAAAACAAGCAAUUACCUUAGCGAAGACAUGCGAGGCAACAACGGAGAUGCGUGAGUGUCGCUCGCCAAAGGAUUGGUCUUUGUUGGCUUUGCAGAACACACGCACUGGAAAAUCUCAUUAUCUAGUAAUAUGCAGGUGUCCAGAUCAUUUUAAAAUGGAGGGACCAAUGGCACAUGAUCAACCAACCUAUGCUAGCGUACCAGGCAUACGUGUUUUUGGCAUGAUGUGUGUUAAACCCGGUUACUCAGUGCGUAAGCCAUCGGCUCAACCUCCAAAACGUUACCAGCUGCAAAAACCCUUCUACAGGCCACAAAAUGUACAAAGCAGCAGUAGCAGUUUCUUAAGCAACAGUCAAUUCAAUAAUAAGGAUAAUUAUGGACGUCCAACAUAUGGGCUAAAUAAUGGCGGUUCAUCUUCCAGCAGUAAUUAUCAUGGUCAAGAUAUAUACUCAAAUCAACAUCAAAGCGGAUAUCAAUAUCUGAAUAGACCAGAAAGCUCACACAGCUCACCAUUAAGUUCAUCGAAUUAUCGUCCAGAAUCGAUCAAUAAUUUCCAAAAUGGUAUAUACGGCAGAAAUAAUGAACGCAAAGGAGCCACAUCUAUAGAAGCAGCAACAGAAGAGGACAACAAAAGCUCUAUCAGCACAAGUACAUUACCCACAGAAGAAGCGAGAACCACAAUGACAGCAGCUGACAGUGAAAUUAACAGCAGCAGCUCAGCAGCGGACCUGGGUGUGACCAUUAGUGCAGACUCGAGCACAACCAUACAAAGUGAAGAAAAUAAGCGUGAGAAACGCUCUCUCGCUGAAAAUACUAUUGAUCUAGAUGAUGACACGCCUGAGUUUCCAUGGGAUCGUGUGUUGGAGUUUCAGCAGACAAUUGUUUGGGACUAAACAUGCUCUGCUGAUUUUAAUUUAAUUUAGUUUUACUUAAGAGUUUUAAACAAGCAUUAAGAUUUCCAAACUAAGCAAAAAGAAUUUCAAAUUAAACAAUUUUCAAUGAAACUUACUG